AUGAAAGAAUGGUUAGAAAAAUGCAGUGCCGUUGGUGGUGGUGACGAACCUGAGGCAGUAGCUGAUGCACUUCAUGAUAUUUUAAAACUUUCCUGGCGUUCCGAAGCUACCAAAAUUUGCGUUCUCAUUUCAGAUGCACCUCCUCACGGCCUUAAACAAUGUAGUGACAGUUUUCCUGAUGGAUGUCCUCUUGGUUUUGACCCACUUAAAAUCGCUCGAGAAAUGGCUGAGAAAAGUAUAACACUUUACGUAGUGGGCGUUGAACCACCGAUUGUACCGUAUCGUGAGUUUUUUAUGGCACUGGCACACAUCACCGGUGGGCAAUACGUUCCAAUGGUGAAUGCUAAUCUUUUGGCUCAAAUGAUUAUUGCUGGAGUACGUGAAGAAAUAUCAUUGGAUCGCCUCAUGAAUAGUUCUCGGAAAGACAUUAUUAAUGUUAUACAAAAAGCAACGUCUGAUGGGGUCGACGAACAAGAGACAGCCAAACGACUUCAAAAUGUUUUUAUCUCUAAGAAAAUGCAAGUUAAUCGAAUGAAAAAUGAAGCUGGAGUGCCAUCGAAAGAGGCUGAAGAAUGCUAUGCGAAGUGCAUCGAUAUGGCUGAUAUACAAAGCAAAUACAAAAAGACGGAGCCAACGUCAAAUACAAAUGUGGCUGCAAUGGACUAUAGCUUGCAAGAAGAAGAGAGUGUAACCAUCGAGCAGGCCAAACGUAUUCUUCAAAAAGCAAAAAACUGGGAAAUUCCAUCUAGUAAAAAACGUCAUGAACGUGAAAAACAAUCUUUUACAUCUUCUGAUCGUUCACGAAAGAGUGGACAAAUGCAGAGUGAUCAUCGCACACCAUGCAGAUAUGGUUCAGCUUGUCAUGAUUAUAGUGAUUAUCAUCGAACAAAAUAUUCUCAUGCUCAGGAUGAUGAGAAACAAGAUAUACAAACUAACCAACGGACACCAUGUAAAUAUGGUUCUGAUUGUCAUGAUCAAAGCGAAUAUCAUCGCGCAAAAUAUUCUCAUCCUCAAGGUGAAAAAAAACAAGACAUGCAAACUAACCAACGCACACCAUGUAAAUAUGGUUCUGACUGCCAUGAUCACAGCGAAUAUCAUCGAGCAAAAUAUUACCAUUCUCAUGAUGAUAAUAGACAAGAAAUGCGAACUAUUCAGCGCACACCAUGUAAAUACGGUUCAAAUUGUCAUGAUCAAAGCGAUUAUCACCGAGCUAAAUACUAUCAUCCUUGA